UUCCUUCUCACUUGCGCAGUGUGUUACGGUUGCACGAGGAGGAAGGGUUAUAACUGCGCGUGCGUGGUGUCGCUGGAGCGCAGAGUGAGAGAGACAGUGAAGAGAGGAGCCGGGAGGGAGAGAGUGAGAGAGGUGACGGGCCGGACCAGCUGCGUUGCCCCCUCCUCUUGUGUUAAACCUUGUUUCUGCGUAUACGUUUGCGUUUUUCGUCUCAUUACACAGUAUGACGGAGUUGCAGUCGGCGCUUUUGCUGCGGAGGCAGCUUGCAGAGCUAAAUAAGAAUCCAGUGGAAGGUUUUUCAGCAGGCUUAAUAGAUGACAAUGACUUAUACCGAUGGGAGGUUCUAAUAAUCGGCCCACCUGACACAUUAUAUGAGGGUGGGGUUUUCAAGGCUCACCUCACCUUUCCAAGGGAUUAUCCUCUCCGGCCACCUAAAAUGAAAUUUAUCACCGAAAUAUGGCACCCAAAUGUUGAUAAGAGUGGAGAUGUAUGUAUUUCCAUUCUUCAUGAGCCAGGAGAAGACAAAUAUGGUUAUGAGAAACCAGAGGAGCGUUGGCUACCUAUCCAUACGGUGGAAACCAUAAUGAUCAGCGUAAUUUCCAUGCUAGCAGACCCUAAUGGAGACUCUCCAGCAAAUGUUGAUGCAGCGAAAGAGUGGAGAGAAGACCGUAAUGGAGAAUUCAAAAGAAAAGUUGCUCGAUGUGUAAGAAAAAGCCAAGAAACUGCUUUUGAGUGACAUUUAACCAGCAUUUAGUAGCUUCACAAUUUCAGGGUCUCCAUUUGAGAAACAAGGCACUGUUUUUCCUGCGCUCUACCCACCUUUUGCUGGACUUUUUGUUGUAAUAAGUUGGCAAAUACUGGCUGGCACUGGGUUGCAAUAAAACAUGCCAGUUAUCAAUGCUGACAAUAGCCUAACAAGUGCCAACUUAAAGGUGAUCUCGCAUUUCAAAAUCUAAUGAACUGCUUUAAACUUCAGGAAGAAUUGUACAGACCUGUACAUAGCACAACACGAUCUGGAUAAUAUAUAUACUGUUCAUGUACAUCCAUAAAUACACAUUGUACCAAAUAAUAAUUUCUUGUUGUGUAGGGUAAAACAUAUGUAAAAAGUGGUGGGAAUGCAAAUAGGGAAGAUAAAGGGGAAGAUAAAAUAUGAAGGAGGGAAGGGAUUGUCUUCUCUCCAACAGUGAACCUAUUAUUCUGUAAAAAAAAAACAAAUAUCACGAGAUUGGAAUAAGUAAAAUUUAAUGCUUCUAGUGUCCUUUUCCUGACAGGAGCUCUUGGAAUCUUUUUUGAAUCUUCCUACUGGUCUCCCCAUGGCCACUGUCCUCUCUAUGCAGAAUAGGCCACAUUGUUGUGUCAGUGGGCAAUACUGCAUUGACUUGUCUGUCUUUUAUUUAGCUCCAGGAGAUUUUAGAAAUUCUGUUUGAGGAGCCUGUCACCCUUGUCUCUUUUGGGGCUUAAUUGCAGGCGGGAUAUGCAAUUACAAUAAAACAACUUGCUAGCA